CCAGCAGCAACAACAGCGGCGGGCUCUCUCCGCGCCCGGAAUCUAGGCGGGGCCGUCCUUCGAACCUUGCCCGCCGCUUAAAAAGCGCAGCGCCUUUUCUACCGCCUCCUCCCAGGCGCAAGCCCGGCCCUAGGAUAUUGGCCUUAAAGGGGAACCCGAAGCCACGCUUCCUGCUUUUCCCUCCUCUUCUCUCACCCGAAGCCCAUCUGCGCAAAAUGUUCAGGUGCGGCCUGGCCUGCUGGAGGUGCAGAUGGAUCCUGCCCCUUCUCUUGGGUAUAGCCAUCAUCUUUGGCAUCAUUGCAUUGGCUGGCAAGGGAUGGCUGGAGUCGGCCGAAGCCCCCUACGUGCGUAAAGCCUGGUUGUGGUGGGACUGUCGCAAACAAAACCCCGAGGAUGGGAAGUGGAUCUGCGAUUCGCUCAUGGAUUAUAGUUGGGGCAGAGCUGCUGCUGCUACAUACCUUGUCGGUUUUGUCAUCCUCUGCAUCUGUUUCUGCCUAGCAGUCAUAGCAUUUUCCAUUGAAAUCCUACGGUUUAACUUUGUUCGAGGAAUCGGUGGCUUGCUCUUCGUUGUUGCUGCUUUCCAGAUCUUAGGCUUGGUCAUCUAUCCAGUGAAAUACACCGAAGAUAUUAUAUUGACAGGAAGCAACAUGUUCAGCUGGGCUUAUGGCUUUGGUUGGGCAAGCACAGUGAUUGUGAUAGGUUGUGCAUUCUUUUUCUGUUGUCUUCCCAACUGGGAAGAUGAAGUCCUCGGUAACAUAAAACCCUAUAGACAUGAUGGCAUUUAAUCUGUUUGAUGUGGACUUAAUAAAAGAUACUUUUAGUAAAUAAA